AGAGUCUGUACUUGGAUUGCAUUCGUCUUAUGCCCAGCCUAUUGAAGGAGAUUGUGAACCUCAUGGCAGAGAAAGGCAUAAGAGUUCGAUUACCCUUAGAGGAACUGCAGGUUCUUUUGGAGACAGAGCUGGACCUCGAAAAUGAUGAUGAAGAGUUAUCGCCAAAGGAAGAUGAAGAGCAAAUAUAAAAAUAUAUUUUCAUAAUGAAUGGAUGUGUAUUGAAUGAGAUAAAUAGACUCAUGGUUUGGACAACAUACACAUGUGUUGGAGGUUUGCAUGAUAUAUUUCAUUGAAAAGAAACUUACAUUCAGUUCAGUAACCCUUUUUUGUUUUUUACUGUUCCUAAAAUCAUGGAAGAAAUCAGACUCAAUGGUUUUUAUGACAACAAAUCAUACAAAGCUACUUAUAUUACAUUUGGAGCAAACUUUGUAUUUAUGGCAAGUUGGAUACAGGUUCAGUAUGAGUAAGAGGGAUUGUUUGUUUUUUCUGUCUUUAUUCCUUAGAAAUGAAACACAAAAACCAUGAGUUGAAUUUACCUGAUGAAUUUUCAUUUAUUGGUUCAGUUUUACUCAUUUUUGUAUUUCAUAUUCAUGUAAGGGAUUUUUUCAUACUUGCAACAAGAUACAAAUCUUCUCCAUUUCAGCUUUCUUUUUUCUAUAUAUAUAUAUAUAUAUAUAUAUAUAUAUAUAUAUAUAUAUAUAUAUAUAUAUAUAUAUAUAUAUAUAUAUAUACUUCAAGUGUUGGAACAAAAUCCAAAGCUGUCACUGUGAUCAUUAUGGGAGAAACCAUGUUAUUGGUAGGCAAGUUAGAUUUUUUUCUUUCUUUUUGUAUUUAUUUCUUUUAUGUCUGUAGACGAACUGCAGGUUCUUUUGAUUCGGACAAUAAUAAUGUAUUUAAAGUUAAAGAAAUAUGAAGAAUGUAAAGUAUGUUUUGAUCAUUAGUGACUGAGUAGCAAGUGAAAUAAGUGAAUAAUAUGAACUGACUGAACAUCUGUUUAAGUUUUGUAUAUAGAUUUUCAUUUGUAAAAAAGUUAUUAAGAUUUUUAAUAUUUAUUUUUCUUGGAAAUAAAAACAGGAAAUUUA